AUGUCGCCGCGCAGCAGCCGGCGCACCGGCGCGCACCGCGCGCGCUCCCUGCGCCGCCUGGGCAAGGGCAAGCGGCGCCGCCGCGACCUGGACGAGAUCCACGGCGACCUGCGGCCCGACGCGGCCGCCCGCCUGCUGCGGCAGGAGCCCGACCCCGACCUGCCGGGCUGCGCCCAGUUCUACUGCCUGCACUGCGCGCGCUACUUCGUGGAUCUGACCAGCAUGAAGGAGCACUUCAGGUCCAAGGUGCACAAGAAGAGGUUGAAGCAGCUGAGUGAGGAACCUUACACCCAGGAGGAGGCGGAGCGAGCGGCCGGGAUGGGAUCCUACAUCCCACCAAAGAAGGUGGAAGUUCGGACCCAACCCAUUGACGAAGAAGUGGAGAUGGAGGCGUCGAGCUGAGCACAGCCGGCUGAAGGGCUGGGGCUGCCCUGUUUGCUGCUGCCCAUGUCACAGCGCUGCGAAAAGGGGAUCCUCUUACUGAGCCCUGGGAGGAAAGUGAGCUCUAUCCCAGCCUCUUGGCAGCUUUCCUUGCUGAAAAGCUAAUAAGGAAAAGGCAGCCAGGGAGACCUUGGGUGCCCUUGCUGGGGAGGGCGCUUGUGAACUGUGCCUGGCAGCAGGCUGUGCAUUCUCCUUCCUGGGGAAGGGACAGGCAGCUUCUUGGUGCGAACAUUAGCUCACCUGUGUGCUCCUCUCUUUGCCUUUAUAGCGGGUUUGGAUUCUGCUCCU